GAUAACACGGGCAAUUUCGAAGUCGACCCCGGGGGUUAGGACUAAGGCUUUAUAUCUAUUGUCGGAUUAAAAGAUUUAGUGAUUAUUGGCUUGUCGUAGUAGGUGUAUCGACUUCGUAAGGCGUGGAUAUAUAUUUACCCUGUGCCUGGAAAUCUGGCCAUCAUUUUAAGAACUUUCACGACGAGUUAGUGUGCAACAUAUAUGAGAAAUUUGCGCACGCAGGCGAGGCGGUAUUUUCGUUCGAGUGCCACGUAAAUAAGACCAAUAAGAUUGCCUUAGGAUAAAAAGUCCCGCGACGACGCACAUGGGUGAUCGCAGUGACAAAACAUUUCAUUUGCAUUAAAGAGUUCUGAGCGCAGGUAUUCCUGGACACAGGUAGUUCGAUAUGGCUACCUCUCACUUAGUGGUGACUUUCUGUGCUACUGCUGGCAAAAAUGGAGAGGACUUAGGAGUGGACGAGGAACAAGUUGUGCUGUUUGUGUAUCUAUUAUUCGACGUGCUUAACUGCAAGGUGGUAGCUGUGCAGCAGCAUUACGUGAAGCCACAACCUUCAGAAACGACUGAGACGGUGCUUACCGAGGAAUGCAAAACAGAGACGGGACUAAACGAGGAAGCCGUCAAGCAUUCACAGCCUCUUGAACACAUCCUGGAUGAGUUCGACAGAUUCUUGUCUUCCAAAGGAGUGCAUCCGGAACAUGGCGGGAAAUCGUUUUGUGUAUUAACAGAUGGACAGUUGCACCUUAGGCAAUGUCUUCAUCCAGAAGCCAGCAACAAGAACAUUUCCCUGCCAUCAUAUCUGUACAAGUUUUACGACAUACGGAAAGAAUUUAAGAAGUUCUACAAAACAGACAGUAUUCCAAAUAUAAAAGCAAUGUUAGAUUAUUUAGGAUUACAAGAGGACAACUCCGUAGAGUAUGGGAUCCGGCAGUGUCAAGAGAUGGCAAACGUACUCCACAGAUUAAUCAAUGACGGUCACGUGUUUGGAGAACCAGAGAUAAUCAACGAACGUCUAGAACCCGGUAUAUGUAGUAAAUCUGAUGUAGUAGAUGACAACCAUGUUGUUCGAGCUCGCGGUCUUCCUUGGCAGUCUUCCGAUCAAGAUAUUGCCCGAUUCUUCAAAGGGUUAAACAUUGCAAAAGGCGGCGUGGCUCUCUGUCUAAGUCCUCAGGGUAGAAGAAAUGGGGAAGCAUUGGUGAGACUGGAGAACGAACAGAACAGAGAUCUGGCACUGAAAAGGCAUAAACAUCAUAUCGGCCAGAGAUACAUCGAGGUCUAUAAGGCAACUGGAAAGGACUUUGUCAAUGUAGCAGGAGGCAGUAAUUCAGAAGCACAAGCUUUCCUUUCGAGAGGUGGCCAAGUCAUUAUACGCAUGCGUGGUUUGCCAUUCACAGCCACAGCCCAACAAGUGCUAGAGUUCUUUGCUCGGGAGCCAUCUGUUUCGGUUUUGGACGGCGAAGAGGGGAUCCUGUUUGUUCACUACCCGGAUGGCAGAUCAACCGGUGACGCCUUUGUUCUUCUGGCCUCGGAAGAAGAUGCCGUAUCAGCCCUUAAAAAACACAGGGAGAUUAUGGGAACCCGUUACAUUGAACUGUUCAAGAGCACAACUGCUGAAGUUCAACAGGUUCUCAACAGAAGUAUGGACCCGCGGAACCCAGAACCGCAAGAAACGCCCCUUCCUGCAAUCCUUACGCAACUCACUCCACAAAGUCAGCUUCCGUACAUUCCACAGAGCCUCAUCACCAGCGGCACGCGGCGCGACUGUAUUCGGCUGCGUAACAUUCCAGGUGGCGCCCAAGUCACAGACAUUCUGACAUUCCUCGGCGAAUUUUCGCAAUUCAUCAUCUUCCAAGGUGUUCAUAUGGUGUAUACAGCACAGGGAGAACCUUCUGGUGAAGCAUUCAUACAAAUGGACUCCGAAGAAUCUGCACAGCUGACAGCUAUCAACAGAAAUAAGAGACCAAUUGUGUUUGCACAGAAGAAGAGAAUCAUUGACGUUAUACAGUGCUCCGGAGAGGACAUGAAUCUCGUUCUGACCAACGGUAUCCCGACAACUUCCAUACCGUCGCCGCCACAGAUACCUUUCAUUCAGAGACCUAUUCUUUCACAAGCGGCACCAACACUCAUACCAACGUCUUUGCCAUCACUGCAGCCGGCCACAUUGCCAAUUGCCCACUUGCCACAGCAUCUUCAGACGGCCGCUUUCCAGCCAACAAUGAUGUCUGCUCCUCUUGCGGCGGCGGCCCCGCGACCUGCCUACUUUCCCCAGAUUGUUUAUUGGUACCCUAGCCCUCCUAUCUCUCCACAAACCUAUGUCACACAUACAGGGCCUCCCACUCUUGUCGUAAUGAGAGGCUUACCUGUCAAUGCUCAAGUUCAAGACAUAUUGAACUUCUUUCAAGGUUUUCCAGAGGUAACUCCAGAGAAUAUCCAAAUCCAGAUUUUACCGGAUGGGAGACUCACGGGGGACGCAUUAAUUUCCUUCAUGACGCGAUCGGAAGCAGAGCGUGCAAUAGCUACCCGAGGCAAGCAGACCAUGGGGCAGUGUCUUAUAGAGCUUUUCCUAGCCUGAUAUUUGGUAAAGUACGCAAUGCAAACGUUUACUACUGUGAAAGGGGAAAAGUCAAUCAGCACACAAUGUGUUCAGAUGUUCCAGGGUCAAAAUAGAUCUGUUUUAUUUAAGCAAUUUUACAAUAUUUAUUAUAAAUAUAAGAUAUGAGAAAAAGAUCAGGUGAUCUUUAAAGUAGAUAUAUAUUAUUUUUGAGAUCUGGUAUUUCUAUUUGAAAUUAAAGAUCUUGUACUUUCAUGGCAAAACGAAGCAACAUUUGUUAUUUCCAGUCAAAUUCUUGCCUGUCUCAUUUCUCUAAUCUCUGACUUUAUUGCCAUGAAAGUGUAAAAGGUUGUAUUAUUGUAAGUCUUCUCUGUGAAGUCUAAUGCUUCAGAAAGGAUUUUCGCUGAUUUUUGUUUUAGUGUGAUUAGUGCUCGCAACAAUAAAUAAAUUGUCUGAAAGAAUGCUAUGGUAUUUCACAGAGAAAACAAUUUGUGCAAAAGACAAAAAAGUAUGUGGUUUUAUGCAUUAACAAGUGCCUAUUACAGAGUAUUGAGUCAAGUAUUUUGUUGUGUUAUUAUAAUAUCAUUUAUUAUUGUGAAUAUGAAUAUUGAUAAUUUUGUUUUAUUGUUGUUUAUGUUGAUAUCAAAACAUAUCACUCCAUGACAUUGUUGAUAUAAUUUUUUUUUGUAUUUUAUAAAUAUAAUAUGUAAUAAUUAUUAUGAAAAAAAAAUUUUUUUCAAGACAGUUGGAUUUUAGAUUAUCUAACAUAAUCAUUAGAUAUUUUUGAACCCAAAUUUUUGCCAAACCUUUUUUUUUUCAAAAUAUUGUUUGAAGACAUGCAAAAAUGCUAUGCAAUACUUUGAAAUCAAAUUAAGAAAAUAUUGUGCUCUAGUCAUUGUUGUUUAACAUUUAUUGCAUAUGAUAUAGCAGUCAAAAUAUUAGUUAUAGCAAUCUCAUGAUGUUUUUUUAGAUUUGGUUGUGAUCAUAACGAUGAAUUGUACAUAUAUCAUGACAUUUGAAUACAAAAAAAAAAUCAUAUUGCAGCAGUUUCGCUUUGCAAAAGUUAUGAAAGUAGUAGAUAUUACAUAAUAUGUGCAAUAUUGGAAACAAAUUGCUUUAAACUUUGGACAUUGGUUUCUUUUAUUUUUUUUAUUUCAUUAUUGAACCGAAAUGUGAAGGUAAUGAAGGUAACCUGACCAAUUUUAAUAACCUAAGUGGUUGUUUUGAGCUGUCCAGAUUUUUGUUUUAGAAAAUGUAGAGUUCUGCUCAACUAUGUUAGAUAAAUUCUAGUGAUAUUUUGUCAAUUGUUUCUACUACGCAUAAUUGUACAUUUGUUUUGAAAAAAAAAAUCUUCUGCUGAUUAAUAACUUCGUAUGACAAUUUUUAGAGAUUUGUAGAUAUAAUUUGUAGCAAUGUUAGUUGUAGAAUGUAUACAUUCAUCAUAUAUAUAUAUAUAAUUUCCGAUAAAAAAAUGGCAAUAAACAAAUUAGAAUUGCAGUGGUGGUGGUGCCGGAUUUGUUUUGGUGUUGGUGGUGGCUUUUUGCUUGAUUUUACUCUCCAUUAUUCAUUACGAAAUUGCGCAAUACACUCAGAAUUAUUUUAUGCCAUAGCACACGUGUGUGAAUUCACCAGGAAGAAAGUACUAAUUUAUUCCAAAAAGGAGCGUUUUAUGGUGGCAGAGAAUUAUACAAGUGUUUUUUUUUUUUUUGCUCUUGGUAAUUGUUUGUGCGGGACUAGUUUUUUGUUAUUAGUGAACUGCACAACUGAGAAUGCGCAAACUCUCACGCAUUUCCGCCAUUAUCAAUUUAUUUUGGUAAACGGAUUUUGAUAUUUUAACAACAUUUUAUUACGUGUUUAAUUGUGAAAAUAAGGAUUAUGGACAAUAUUUAUAUGUGGUUGUGGGUUUUAUAAAUAGCUGGGUUUUUAAUUACUGGGAGCACAAUGGCGUUCUGUGAUAUAUUUAUUUGAAAAAAAAUUAACAGCCAUCUAAAGACCUUUUUGAUUAAUAUAUUUAUUUAAAAUCAUGUUAUUUAUUACAAUUUUUACUGUCCAUGUCCAAUUUGACAAUUAAACCGGAAAUGGUGUAAAAUGUGUGGGUAUUUUGCGCAACUUCCUUUUUUGUGAUUUGGAUCUGGUACGGUUGCUCGAAGAGCCGGUGGCGGGGAGCCUAAUGGUUCUAGCUAUUGAGGGCUCACUGGCUGGAAUUGGUUUACAUCCUAGAGAAUGGUGCGUUGGGGAUAAAGUGUAACUCGGGCUUUUACUAAAGGUGACCAGUCCCAUUACACGAGUGCUGCAAACCCUCGAACAUAUUUUAACAUGUAGCUUAGGAAACGCAAAAUAAUAAUGCCGUUGCAAAGUGCCAUACCGUUUUGAAUAUUUAUAUAGAAAUACUCAUGCCAGAAAAAAAAUACUUCCUCCGUUGAGGCAGAAAUAAAUAAAUCUCCUUUCCUCUAACAUAUCAAGAAUAACAUUUGUCUCAACCCCAUUAUGCCAUCUUGCUGCUGGUUUUAUACCUGUGCAAUAAAAACCUCUAGCUGACCUCGAUCUAAUCAAAGUCAAAACGGAGCAUGCGGUUACUAGUCAGUCAAUUAUUUUGCAUGAUUUUUAUUAUUUAUUCCUACAUAUCACAUUGUCGUUUGUUUUAUUCACACACUAUUUGUUUUUAUAGAUUAUAGAGAUUGUCUUUUAAUUAUACAUUAUCUAUACAUGUUUUAUACGCCAUUAACAAGCUUAAUUUUAUACACAGUAUACAUAUCUCGUUGUUUAAAAACAUCUCGCUGUUCAAAUACUGCUUGACAAAGAAUUCAUAAGGUCCAGUAUUUGAUCGAGUAGGGUGGAUGGUGUAAAAUAAGCUUGGACAUUGGUAAAGAUGCGUAUAUGUGUUCAGUAAGAAUAUAGAAAAAUAUAUUUAAUAUACAUAUUUUUAGGACAAGUGAAAAAAUCUUGUUCCAAAUGUUAAUGUAUCUCGUUUUAUUUUUAUUAUUUUAUUGAUUGUCGCAUUAUUAGCAAUAAAGUAUAUGUUGAUCAUGACAGUUGAA